AUGGAAGUGCCCGAGGCCAGAGUUUUGAUCGUCAUCACGGGCGGUACGAUAUGCAUGCAACAUUCUGAAAAUGGACUUGUGCCGGUAUGUAAUGUUAAUUUUGAUGGACUGGAAUCUUUGAGUAACUUUUCAUUGCAGGGAAAAGGAUUUCUGAAGAACGGUCUUGCACCCCGACCAUCUUUCAACGACGGCUCAUACCCCGAACCACUCGAGAUUGUGACAGACCAGAAAGGCACCCGCAAAGCUGUGCAAAGUCUGCGCACUCCNCCGAGCACCUACAAUCGCCAGGUGCGAUACAGUGUCCUGGAAUUUGACCAAUUGCUUGACAGCAGCAGCAUCGAUGCCGAAGGUUGGGACCAAAUCGCCAGAACCAUUGAGCGAAACUACCAGCUCUAUGAUGGCUUCGUUGUCUUGCACGGUACCGAUUCGCUAGCUUAUACUAGCAGUGCUCUCAGCUUCAUGCUCCAAAAUCUAGGAAAGCCUGUCAUCCUUACUGGAUCGCAAGCGCCAAUGAUGCAGCUGCAAAAUGAUGCCCAGGAUAACCUCUUAGGUGCUCUGGUCAUCGCAGGUCAUUUCAUGAUUCCCGAGGUUUGCUUGUUCUUCAACUUCAAGCUAUUUAGAGGCAACCGCGCGACCAAAAUCUCGGCCGACGACUUCAAUGGAUUCGCCAGCCCGAACAUGCCACCUCUUGCUACUAUCAGCAGUUUGAGAACAAACGUUAGCUGGGAUCUUGUCUACAGGCCAAAGAUCGUAAACCCCUUCCAAGUGCACUCGAAUCUGGAUACCGCUCAUGUGGCCUGUCUUCGUAUCUUUCCCGGUAUCAAGCCAGAAAUGGUAGAUCUAUUCCUACGUACAGAAGGACUCAAGGGUUUGGUACUCGAAACAUUCGGCGCUGGUAAUACCCCUGGAGGGCCAGACUCGCCUAUGACUAGAGUUUUGGCCGAUGCCGUCAAACGCGGCAUUGUCAUCGUCAAUGUGACACAAUGUCUCAGCGGCAGUGUCAGUCCAUUGUACGCUCCAGCGACCUAUCUCGGACGUGCAGGUGUGGUAUUUGGUCAAGACAUGACUACAGAAGCCGCUUUGACGAAACUUUCAUACCUACUCUCGAUUCCUGGAUCAACCCCCGAGGACGUGGCCAAACAGAUGCAUAACUCACUCAGAGGCGAGUUGACAGAGAGGGGACGGACACACUUCCAACACCCCACUAGUGGCACUCUGACGCCUGAAAUCUCGAGCUUGACUGCGCUUGGUUAUGCUAUUCAAGACGGUGACGCUUUGAGCGUAAGAGACGUCGUCAGGGGUGAGAAUCGCUGGCUUUUGAACGACGUCGACUACUCUGGAAACACACCUGUGGUAAGUUGUGGUCCCUCACCAAGAUCCCAAGUCAGGGGUUGCACAGUGUCUGAAGAUUCGACUGACCACAUUACANNGCAUCUUGCAGCAACCGGGCCUAACGUUGACGUGCUGAAGGAGAUGCUCAAUCUUGGAGCUAGCGUUCAUCUGCGCAAUCGCAAUGGGCGCACACCUCUNCUUGUCGCUGCGCAUGCGGGACUCCCCCACCAUGUCGAGGCUCUGAGGGAAGCAGGCGCUCAUCUGCACUCUGAUGAGCUGGACACAGCCAAGAUUUUUGCAAAGUCCGACCCUCACCCAGACGUGUGGAAGCUUGCCGGUGUUGAAGAGCUGUAG